CUCACAUCUGUCCUCCUUCGUGACACAGGACUCGAAAUAUAAUGGCCGAAAAAGAGCUUUCACUGGCGGAAAGGCGGUCCGUCAAACCUGGGAUAUUAAGGCUCGAUUUGGCCGGUCCGAGAAAAACAUCGACGAUAUCUUUUGAUAUCGACGCCAGUCCAACACAAACUGAGGUAGAGCCCGGGUCACCACAACCAUCAGUCGACCGCCUCUCUGUUACAUUUGUGGAUGAAGAGAAACCAACUGAUCCUGGUGAAAAAGUCAGAUUCAAUGACGAACAAAGACAAGAGGUUGAUGAUAAAAUCACAAGCCCAGCAGAAGAGGAUGAUGAUUACUCAGCCACAUUUAAUGCUAUUAUGACCAGACAAGGAAGCCGUAAAAGUAGCCGUAAAAGAAGGACCAUCAAAAGAAGGUGUUCAAGCCCAUUUUCUCCAGAGCCAGAAACUUUUCAGAAUAUAAGGCGGCGAUCUUCUGUAUUUACAACAAGUUCAGGAGAUACAGCUAUUUCAAUGGAAGAAACCACAACCCAAGAGCAGAUAUUUCAAAAAAUGAAAGUGCAUAAAGAAGUUUUGAGUCAGGUUAAACACCAGCCUUGGCCAAUGCAUCGGAAGCUCAAACUUGUACAGACUGCCAAAGCUUAUAUCAAAAGGCAUGAAGGGGCACUGCAUGAAAGACUCGCCCAUAAUAAAAACACAAAAGAUGUCUUAGCACAUUUUAAUAUUAUUAUUAUUAAUCAAUGGCAUCACUUAAAGCGUGAAUUAGUCAACUUCUCAAAAUUUCUUAUACCAUGGGAAUCAAGAAUAAAGGAAAUAGAAUCUCAUUUUGGUUCAGUAGUUGCCUCCUAUUUUACUUUUUUAAGGUGGCUAUUCUCAGUUAACUUUGUGAUUGCAAUAGUAUUAGUCACUUUUGUUGGAUUACCCGAGAUUUUCAUGGCAAACAAAGAUGAUGAUAAUGGCGAAAGAAAAGGUUUAUUGCCUUCGGAACAAAAAAAAGCAAGAAAUAUAAUCACACUAUGGAAUUUUGAAGGCGUUUUGAAAUAUUCCCCACUUUUUUAUGGAUAUUAUAACACUAAUGGCACCCAUGGAUUCAGUUUUUGGUACAAACUCCCUCAUGCCUAUUUCAUGACUGGUUUAGCAGUGUACAUCUACAGCUUUGUAGCUAUACUCCGCAAAAUGGCUGAAAACUCCAGACAGAGCAAGUUAUCCGAGAAAGAUGACGAAUGUGUAUUUUCAUGGAAGAUUUUUACUGCAUGGGAUUACAUGAUCGGCAAUGCUGAAACAGCUCAUAACAGGACAGCAUCGAUUAUACUAGGAUUUAAAGAAGCAUUGUUAGAAGAAGAAGAAAAGAAAAGAGAAGAAGGUCGAAAUUGGAAAAUGACUUCAUUGAGGAUACUGACAAAUUUAAUGGUUUUGGGUCUCAUCGUAACUUCUGUAUAUGUUGUUCAAUCAGUUGUACAAAGAUCGACACAACCUGAUGCUGAAUCUUCCUGGUUGAGGCAAAAUGAAGGGACUAUAGUAACAACACUUAUCUGCAAUAUUUGUCCGAUAUUUUUUGACUUAAUUGGAAUGCUUGAGCGAUAUCACCCGAGAAAAGCACUUAGGUUACAACUGGCAAGGAUUAUGGCACUCUAUCUCCUCAAUCUUUGUUCAUUUAUUUAUGGGACAUUUUCUCAAGUACACACCAAGUCAAGUGAGCUUCGGAAUUUCACUUUAACUUCACACUUUGGUCAGCCCAAUGCGACUUCAAAGCCCACAAUAGGCACAUUCACAACUAGCCAGACUUUUACAGCCUAUUCUAAAAAACAUGCAAGAACUGAGAAUAGUGUGAUUUGCAGACAGGUUGAAGUUGACUGUUUAAUUUCAAGUACUACAACAGCUAUGGCAAUUGCUCUAUUGUUAACUUCGACUGUGAAUACCACUCAAAGCACUACAAGCACUGACUUCAACUAUGGGGGAGAAAUUUUAAAUAAUUCUUCAGUAAUGAACUUUGAUUAUAGUGAUGGGGUGCAAAGUGAGUCAUACUAUCCCAAUUCAACAAUAUUGAGUUUGGACUCUCUUCCUGAUCUUUCAAUGUCUAGUAAUAACGAAAUGGAUUCUAAUAGAACAAAUGAUUCAAAAUCUGUGCAAACUCCAGGAAAUAAAUGUUAUAUACAAAGAUGUGAAGAUGUAAAUGGAAAUAUUACAGAAAUAUUAACUAAUUUUACAACUGAUAGAAAUUGGGAUUUUUCAUCAACCAACACUCAAACAACAAUAUCAGGAGCAACGGAGUUAGAUGAUCCUAACCCAAAUCGAUCCCGUUCAUCCAAAAAGUUAGAUAUGGAAACAAGAAAAAAAUUGAGGUCACUUUGCUGGGAGACAUCAUUUGGUCAAGCUCUUGUCAAAUUGACAAUAAUGGACCUGGUAAUGACAAUAACAUCAAUUCUUGGAAUGGAUUUCUUCCGAGCUCUGUUUAUACGGUUGAUGAACAACUGUUGGUGUUGGGAUUUGGAGAAACAGUUCCCACGUUAUGGAGAUUUCAGAAUUGCUGAAAAUAUUCUCCACUUAGUCUACAAUCAAGGGACAGUUUGGAUGGGAAUGUUCUUUUCGCCAGGACUUCCUCUAAUUAAUUUGCUCAAACUUGCCAUUAUUAUGUAUAUGAGGUCCUGGGCAGUGCUAACUUGCAAUGUACCACAUGAAGUGGUAUUCAAGGCAUCCCGUUCUAAUAAUUUCUACUUUGCCCUGUUGCUCACUAUGCUUUUCUUGUGUGUUCUUCCGGUUGGAUAUGCCAUCGUUUGGUUUGAACCUUCUUGGCACUGUGGGCCGUUUUCAAAUCACACAAAAAUUUAUCACAUAUUUACUAGCAGCUUAAAAAAGGUGAUUCCAGUAUCUUUGCAUAAAGCAUUAGAUUACAUUGCAUCACCAGGAAUUGUUAUUCCAUUAUUGAUGCUUUUAAUUUUGAUAAUAUACUAUUUAAUAUCACUUACAAAUGCUUUACGAGAAGCAAAUGAUGACCUCAAAAUUCAACUAAGAAGGGAAAGAACAGAGGAAAGGCGAAAAAUGUUUCAAUUGGCUGAGAAAAGAAAAAAGAACACAGAAGCUGAUAUGCCUUUUAAUAAAUGGAAAAAAUUAUUAAAUUCAGUUCCUGAGGGUACUAAAAUGCCUAUAGAUUUAUCAGAUAUUAGAAGUGACUCCCAAGAGGUUAACAUAGAUUUAGAGAAAAAAGAAAAUGAAAAUAAAACAAUAAAGAAACCUUGGGGAGAGUCAUCUAACACUUCUGAGGAAGGGAUUCCGCAUAUUGAUAAAGACACAGACAAAGAUAAAACUGUUGGCACAAGUAUUCAAAACAUCAUCAAAAGUGUAUUAAAAUUGAAAAAAUCAGACAAAACUGAAGCUCUGAAAGCAUCUAAUAAUGAGGAUAAAGUAUUUAGAGAAAGGGAGGAUUCAACCGUGUCAGGAUGGUCUGCUGACAUUCCAGAAAUAAAGAUCUUUUCGACUGACUCAAAUGAGAAUACACUAGACACAAGCCCAGAUACGACAAAACGUUCAAUGUCUAGUUCGGACACAAUAAUUGCAAUAGAAGAUGAUAGCAAUGCUUGCAUUAAUGGAGAGAAAAAUGAAAGGAAAAAGGGAAAACUUUCAAAGAUUAAAGCUAAACAUGAAGAAGAGGAAAGUCUUGGAAUAGGUGGCAGUUAUGAGUCGAUUGCGAAUUCAAUAAGAAGGAUGCACAAUCUCACAAAAGAACAUAUGCCAAGUAAAGAAAGUUCAAAAAUUCGAGCAAGAAAAGCGAUAGCAAGUGUUCUUUUAAAUGAAGGAAGAAGACGUUUAAGUGAAUCACAUAAAUAAUGAUGUUCCAGUCUCCAGUAGGAUCAAACUUUCGUACUGUAUCGAUUCCACCAAUUGUACAUAAGUAGCCUUUCAGCUACCGUCUUAUCUUUCGGCAUUAAAGACCGAAAGUAAAGAAUGUUUAUAAUUAUCCACUUGAUUGGUUGAUACUUGUAGCAUUUAACAUAUUCAAGAAAGCCACAAAACCUCACCAAUGAGAAUUAAAAGUAAAACUCACAUUCUUUUGUUCAUCGAACGCUACAAUUAGAAUUAUUCUUGUCAUAUUUGUGU